AUGGCCAGCACUAAUAGCACCAACCAUGCCAGAGUAAAUGAUGACACGAGCAUUCCAAUGGGUGAAGACUCCCCUCUACUGUUCUCCCCCAGCCGCCGCGAAUCGCUCAUCACGGCGGUAGUAGAGGAAGAAGUUCCAAUUGGAAAUGCGUCCGUGUUUGCCACCAUGGUGAACAUGGCCAAGGCGUGCAUGGGACCGGGUUGUCUGGUAUUACCGUUUGCGGCUCGACAAGGAGGUCUGUGGUUGCACACGGUCGGAUUGUUGGCCAUUGCCGUGUGGAAUAUUUAUAUUGUCCGUCGACUCUGUCAGUGUCUCGACUAUUUGCCGGCUACUGUCAGAGCACCGACUGUCACUACGCCCAACCCCACGCGCAAACUGCGUCGUGACACGCAUAACAACAACAAACCGCCACCUCCGGAAGGCACGGCCAUGUUUGGUCAAGUGGUCUGGUAUGCACUCGGCAAAAAGGGAUUGUUUGCCUUGGAUUUAUUAAUGCUACUCUUUUUACUGGGAAUUCUGAUUGCCUAUAUUAAUGCCAUGCGCAGUUUUCUACGCGAUACACCCCUCUCCACACAAUCGCCUCUCUUGGAUGCCCUCCUCUUGGUGGCCAUUAUGGGACCACUCUCCAGUGUCCCUCACAUGGGAUAUCUCUCCAAAGCCAGUGCUCUCGGAUUGGUUGUGCUGGCGGCUACGUUUGUCGUGAUUGGAAUUUAUGGAGUUCAACAGCAACAACAACAAUCCACGCCACUCCAUGGGACACCCCAAGAGGGUCUUUGGGGCAUUAGUCAAUGGUUUGGGUCCGUCGUAUUCAGUUUUGGAGUGGCACCCCUCACGUACAAUUUUCGAUCCUCCAUGGCCGAUCCCACUCAAAUGGUCACGGCCACGACUGUUUCUUUGAUGAGUGUGGCACUGGCGUACAUGGGGAUUGGCAUUUUCUUUUGGGCACUCUUUCCCACGCUUCAAGGCGAUUUGUUGCAAGCACUGCCGACGAACCAAGGGUUUGUGUGGCCCAGUCUCACGCGUCUCGCCAUGGUCCUGGUUGGAUUGACCACCGUGCCGCUAUUGGUGGUUCCCUGUGGGGAAUUGUUGGAAGGAAAAUUAAUCAUGGCGCCACGAUCCAACAACAACAAUCAUCAUCACAAACGACGCAUUCUGGUGCGAUGCGGGAUUUGUCUCUUUGCAGUGGGUGUCAGUCUCUACGUUCCGGGAUUUGUCGAUGUACUGAGUUUUGUGGGAUGCUGUUGUGUGGCAUGUCUCGGAUUCUGUAUCCCACCCUUGUUGCAUCUCCUAUUGGGGUAUCGGUCACAACCUACGCAUAGCAUGAUUUUGGAUGCGGUCAUGCUCGUCUGGGGCAUCUUUGCGACAGUGGUCAGUACCACCUAUACGUUUCGACAAAUCUCCACGGCCGCUGGAAAUUGA